AUGGGUACUUCCAGCAAGAAGGCUCCCCUCAUCCCGCGGUCGAAAAAGCACAACCCCGGCUGGUUCGACCGCAAGAUCUCAAAACCCCUCUCCACCUUGUCCCCGGGCAAACUUUUUGGCCGUCGGCCCGUUGCCAGCAAACCUCGCUCGGUGUACAUCAACGAGCAGCUGCCAGAAGAAUGCUACGACAAGAAGGGCCGGAUCUUGAAAGAAUACUACUUUCCCACGAACCAGAACGUCACAUCCAAAUACACUAUCAUCACAUUCUUCCCCAAGAACAUGUUUGAGCAGUUCAGACGUGUCGCCAACUGUUUCUUCCUUGCCAUCAACAUCCUUCAAUUCUUCCCCAAAUUCUCCACCAUCUCCCCUGGUCUUGUCAUUCUUCCAUUGAUCAUCGUCCUCGCGAUCACCGCCCUCAAGGACGGGUACGAAGAUUUCAAGCGUCAUCAGGCCGAUCAUAAGACCAACAACGAUGUCGUCCAUGUCCUCAGCGGCGGAGGUUAUGAAAAUCGCAACCCCAUCGAGGGCAAGAACAAGACGUUCAUUCCGCACAUCCCCCUCCCCAAGCGAAAGUCGAAGAAGGCGAAAAAGGCGGAGAAGGCGGCUGCAGAAGCGGCUGCAGGUCAGAGUAGCGAAAACUUGGCAUCGGCAGCACCCGGCGCCGAGCCGCGCGGUGAGGAUACCUUGCACAGGACCAGGACCCAGGUCUCGACCUGGGGUGACGAUCCCGAAGCGGGAGAUUCGCCCGGUGAGCUUGGAUGGCAUAGGACGGCAUGGGAGGAUGUCAAAGUGGGGGAUUUCGUCAAGAUCUAUGAAAACGAACAGUUCCCAGCUGAUAUCAUCAUUUGCGCGACCUCGGAAGAGGAAGACGUCGCCUUUAUCGAGACGAAAAACCUCGAUGGUGAAACCAAUCUCAAGUCACGUAACGCCGUCCCAGGUCUCUCUCAGUACAACACGGUCGAAGCUUGUCUCCAUGCCCAUCUCCGAAUUGAUCUGGAUGCCCCCGAGAACAACAUGUUCCGUCUCAACGGUGCUGUUGUAAACCUCGACGAAUUCGAUGACCAGGAAGAACAUCCGAUCCUCCCCGUCACUCUUGAAACCACUCUGCUGCGAGGCUGUGUGUUGAAGAACACUGCCUGGGUCAUCGGAAUCGUCGCCUACACGGGUCGCGAGACCAAGAUCAUUCAAAAUGCCGGUGCUACUCCCUCCAAGCGAAGCAAGGUCGAGAGGCAGAUGAACCCUCAGGUCAUCAUCAACUUGGUCAUCCUCGCGGUUAUUGCCACUGUCUGUGCGAUCGUAGAUCACGUCAACGAGGUGUCUUGGUACAGCGAUCAGGCAUAUUGGAUGCUGUAUGCCGAUACUGGCGGUGACAACCCUAGUAUCAACGGUCUCGUCACGUUCGCAAACGCCUUCAUCACCUUCCAGAAUAUCGUCCCCAUCUCCCUGUAUAUCUCUAUCGAAGCGGUCAGAACGAUUCAAGCUGCAUUCAUCUACUGGGACAGGGCGAUCAAGUAUCAGAAGAAUGGUGUGACUACCAGGACCACGGCGAGGAGUUGGAAUCUGUCGGAUGAUUUGGGGCAGAUUGAAUACAUCUUUUCGGACAAGACUGUAGGUACCCUCACUCAAAAUGCGAUGAUCUUCCGUCAGUGUUCAGUCGGAGGCAAAGUCUACACCGGAGACGGUGAAGCCCCUUCUCACCCCGUCGUCGCCCACCAGCACAAGCCUCCUCUUCGUCCUAGCGAGGAUGAAGGACCGUUCUCCAACACUGCCGCUUCUUCCUCUGACGAGUACGACCCCAAGAAGGAAGGCGAGGACGAGCCCAAGGUUGUGCUUCCGAAGGAGGUCCUCGCGCCUUUCCACGAUGCUCAGCUUGACAAGGAUCUCGAGGCGCACGAGACUGAGCAGUCUAGGAUUCUUCAUGGAUUCUUCUCUGUUCUCGGUCUUUGUCACACUGCUCUGGCUUCCGAGCCUGAGCCCGGAGUCAUCGAGUACAAGGCCCAGUCUCCCGACGAAGCUGCUCUCGUUCAAUCCGCUGCCGAUGUCGGAUUCGUCUUCCGCGGUCGUGACCACAAUAUCCUUCGCAUGUCAACCCCCCUUGGCGACGAGCCCGACGAGUACGAGCUCCUCCACGUCCUCGAGUUCAAUUCUGCUCGAAAGCGUAUGUCUGUCAUCUUGCGCAAGAUGGACGAAGACGGCAGGAUCUUUUUGCUCUGUAAGGGUGCCGACAACAUUAUCUUCGAGCGUUUGACGCAAGACAACAGUCAGAGGGAGAUGAGGGAAAAGACGGACAAGGACUUGCAGUACUUUGCUUCCGAGGGUCUCCGUACCCUUUGUCUCGCCUACCGUGUGCUCGACCCCGGACACUAUGAGGCUUGGGCGAAAGAGUACCACAAUGCCACUGUCGCUCUGGAGGACCGAGAAGCCAAGGUUGAGGUGGUCUCUUCGUCUAUCGAAAAGGACCUCGUCUUGCUAGGUGCUACCGCCAUCGAGGACAAGCUCCAGGAUGGCGUGCCCGAGGCCAUCUCUGAUCUCAAGCGUGCUGGUAUCAAGGUCUGGGUCGCCACCGGUGACAAGCUGGAAACGGCUGUCGCCAUCGGUUACACCACCAACCUGCUCACCAAAGACACCAACUUGAUUGUCGUGCGAGAGGGAAGGCACUCGAUUGCGGAUCAACUCAGAGAAGCCCUGGAAAACUUUUUCGGAGAAGACGCCGGGCUCCACAGGUCCAUCUCCAGGUUCAGUGUUCGACGAUCGACCGAGGCUCCCCGGCUUACUCGUGUCAAUACUGGCGUGCAAAGUUUGGUCGGAAACGAUAAUGGUACUCGACCUGGAGGCUUCUCUCUUGUUAUCGAGGGUCACGCCCUUGCUCACUGCUUUGACGACCAAGAGACAGAAGCUCUCCUCCUCGCGCUCUCCACCCGCUGUACCACCGUCCUUUGUUGCCGAGUGUCGCCUCUCCAGAAGGCCCAGAUCGUGCACUUGAUCAAGGACAAUCUCGGUGUCAUGUGUCUCGCUAUUGGUGACGGAGCCAACGACGUCAGUAUGAUCCAGGCCGCCGAUGUUGGUGUCGGUAUUUCUGGUGAAGAGGGUCUUCAGGCUGUGAACUCCGCAGACUAUGCCAUCGCCCAGUUCAGAUACCUCAAGAGGCUCCUCCUCGUUCACGGCCACUGGUCUUACUUCCGUAACUCCAACAUGAUUCUCAACUUCUUCUACAAGAACAUUAUCGGUAUUGGAGUUCUCUUCUGGUUCAUGAUCUACUGUGGCUGGUCAACAACAUACGUCUAUGCCUACGUGUACCUGCUCUUCUGGAACGUGUUCUGGACUCUCUGUCCCGUCAUUGCCAUCGGUCUUUUCGAUCGUAACAUUGACGACGAGACGCUCAUGGCGUUGCCAGAGCUCUACAGUACUUCCCGCAAAGGCAGCUACUUUGGUACUCGACGAUUCAUCUACUACCUGAUGGAGGGUGUCUACCAAUCUGCUGUGGUCUACUUCUUCAUCCACUACACCUACCUCACCACUACCACCAGAGGGGAUGGUUACGAGGUCUUCAUGUACGAAAUGUCGACCACGCAGGCCAUUGCUGCUGUCAUGGUGGCCAACCUGUUCUCUGGUCUCAACAUUGAGGCUUGGACUGGCUGGGUUUGGUUCGGUGUGUGGGUUGGUCCAUUCCUGAUCUGGGUCUUCACCGCCAUCUACUCUAUCAUUCCCCCAUCCUCCUUCGCCACUGGCGUCUAUGGUAACGAUGUCUUCUUGUUCCGCUCUGCGGCAUACUGGUUUGGCUGGACAUUGACUCUCGUCAUCGCUUUGAUGCCGAGGUACUUGAUCAAGACCAUCAAGCAAAAUAUUGUUCCCAACGACGUCGACACCAUGCGUCUUGUGCGAAAGUACCACCCUGAUAUCGACCUCUACAACCACCCAAUGCUCGGCGGCAAGCUGUCUCCCAAGGACGAAGUGGGAGCCACUGAAGAGCUUGAUGAUUACAGUGAAGGGCGAGAGUCUAUCCAGAUGAACAGCAUGCGGGCACGAGACCAUGGUGUGUUUGGUAAAGGUGACCGAUACGGUGAUAUGGAGACGGGUCUGGCUAGGAAGAGUAUCGACAACCGAAUGGGGGUCAGGGGCAGUAUGGAAAGUUCCAGAUUUGGUAUCGAUGGCAGUGCGAGAGGAUCAACCGUCGACAUGUCCACGGGGAUGGAGCAGCCUCCUUCUAGAGGUUACGGGUUCACCAUGGAAGAGAAUGGCGUUGCUAUUCAAAGAAUGCAAUCCCGACUUUCUCAAACGUCCACUAUCAAUUCCCGUCCUCGAUGGGGACGCCAGACCAGCAACGCCGACCCUACAGCACCCCCCUUCGCACCGAAGAACCCAUCAGGCAUGUCUCGUAUCCGAGAACGUGCCGGUACCAUCCUUUCCAGGAAGCGAGCCGACACCGGUGCUACCUCUGGCAGCGGCGAUAAAACUGCUGCGAGCCCUUCGAAGAGUCGGUUCCUGUCACGGCGUAGAGGGAGCCAAUCUCAGCAGGAGGGUGCUGGCAUAGGAUCACCACUGAGAUCUGGCACUGGAAGCUCUUGGGAGGCUAGAGAAGGAGAAGAAGCGGCGUUAGGCAGAGAGCUGGGUAGCGGGCAGAACAUGGCGCCGCCAGAGAUACCGCGGGUGUAA